AUGCCUCCUCGCGCUCCCUGGCAGAGACGUGGUGAGGACCAUGCCGACUCCAGUGGUGGAGAGGCCCUCGUUUCCCAGUCGGGUCGGCACUCCGGAUCUCCUAUGAAGGCCCAUGUCGUGGCCACGGUCAGCGAGUUCAUCGGGACCUUCCUCUUCCUCUUCUUUGCCCUGGGUGGUACCCAUGUCGUCAAUACCGCAGUGAGCCCGGACUGGGCUGCCUCCACCAACCAGAACCCUGCCAAACUGCUCUACAUCUCUCUCUGCUUCGGUAUCUCUCUGGCUGUCAACGUCUGGGCCUUCUGCCGCAUUGAGGGCGGAAUGUUCAACCCUGCUGUAGCCAUCGCCAUGUUUGCAACUGGCGGGAUCAACAUCAUUCGUCUGGCCCUCAUCGUUAUUGCACAGCUUGCCGGUAGCAUCGCCGCCUCUGGCCUUGUCGUUGGUCUCCUUCCUGGAGGAACCAUUGCCGCUGCAACUACUCUUGGGGGCGGCAUCUCGGUUGUCCAGGGAUUCUUUUUAGAGCUGUUUCUUACGGCUGAACUGGUCUUUGUCAUUUUCAUGCUAGCUAUUGAGAAGAAUACCGCCACUCCCGUAGCUCCAGUCGGCAUCGGUCUGGCCCUGUUCAUCGCCGAGUUGGUGGGCGUCUACUAUACAGGCGGCAGUCUCAACCCGGCCAGAUCCUUCGGACCAGCAGUUGUCACCGGAGGAUUUCCCCACUACCACUGGAUUUACUGGCUUGGUCCCAUUCUCGGCGGUCUUCUUGCAGCUGGAUUUUACAAAUUGAUUAAGACACUGGGAUUCCACCUCGUUACUCCCGACGUCGAUGUAUCGCCUUCGAAGCAGCAAGAGGCUCACGCCUCUCCGGCGACUAGCGGAGAAGUGUGA